AUGGCGACGGGAUCCAUGGAGACGGCCAUCAUGAGCGAUCCAACGAUCAAGCUCCCCGACGACCUCCUGGUCGAGAUCAUCUCGCGCGUGCCGUUCAAGUCCACCCGCUGCUGCAAGUGCGUCUCCACGCGCUGGCGGGACCUCAUCUCCCACCCCGACCACCGCGACAAGCUUCCCCGGUCGACCCUCGCCGGCUUCUUCUGCAAAAACCGCGGCAUGGACUGCGAUCCACGUUUUCAUGAUGUUUACCACAGCGUCUCGGGGGAUUGGUGCCCUUUUGACGAUUCCCUCUCGUUGCUACCUGAAUACGAGGAGCUUGAUAUCUUGGACUGCUGCAACGGCCUCCUCCUCUGUCUAUGUUCGCAGCCUUAUGCCGAGAAACCGGAUUAUGUGGUGUGCAAUCCUGCCACUGAGAAAUGGGUAACCUUCCCUGCCAACCGGAUUGUGUCGUUUGCUCGCCUGGGAUUCGACACUGCCGUCUCCUCCCAUUUCCAUGUGUUUGAGUUGGUACCUAUCAAUUCAAAGGUGGACAUGAUUAUAGGAUCGAAGAGGUGGGGAUCUACUCUUCCAAAGCUGGAGGGAAAUUGUAGGAUCAUUCCUCUUCCUACUUCUCAUGAUGCUCCUAUUGUUCCUAAUGUCUAUGUAUCACGGGGACAAUUGUAUCUCACAAAUAGGGGUGCUUCUGAACUAUCAAUCUGGGUUCUUGAAGACUCUAGUAGUGAAGAUUGUUGGACCUUGAAGCUCAAUGUUAGCUACUUGCAACUGUUUGGAGAAGGGUAUUCAAGCCGCAUGCCAUAUUAUGGUGUUAUCUCAGCGCACCCAGAACACAAUAUGGCAUUCGUAACCAUAGGACUGAGGUCGGGGUUCCAAGAGCUUGUGAAGUUAUUUUCAUACGACGUGGAUUCUAGGGAGCUGUGUUUCGUAUCUGAUCUUGGCUGGUAUGUCGGGCGGGCUUAUCUUUCAUAUGUUCCUUUGUUCUCGGAGUCAUUAGCAGAUGGGCACUAA